UAAUCGAUACAUUCGUCUGUUGCUCGUAAUAAUAUCCGAAAAAUUGUCGUUCUCUUGUUUCAAGAUCUGAAGGACGGACUCGCGGCCCUACGACGGACACACACGAGAAAACUCUUGAAGCUGUCGAGAGCUAGUGUGUCGCCUAGAACGGUGGACUCGAGUAUUCGACCACCGAUGUUCUGAGUGAGGUACCUACCUAGUCACCAUCAGUUUGUGACGAAAACUUUUGUUUGCUGCUGCCCCCGUUCCAUAUGAUUGCUUCGCUGACAUUUUCGAAUAUGGCGCCAUCGAUACGAACAUUAAACACGACAAGCCUACUCAUGAAAUGCUGUCGGAUUGGAGCCAGUGCAUUUGCGUCGUUACCUUUGACCUGGAGUUUGGCCCGGUGGUCGAGUUGGUCUACCCCAACGACAUAAAAUUAUCCGAGGAAGAACUAACCUCUGUUACCUGGCGUUUCCCAACUCCAAUUCUAGAUGCAUGGGAGUCACUCAAUUCCAUGUCAAGUAAAAGUGUUCUCAACCUUCAAAUCUUAAUCAACUCCAUAUAAGCAAUAUCGCAAAAUUUCCAGUUUUUUUACAAGCUGAUCAUCGUUGUUUGUAUAGGUUUGUUUUCAUUCGACAAAUCAAAGAUAUGUCUCUUUCACGGGGAUAUUUUCAAGAAGUAUGUUAAACCGUUUGUUUUCUAUAAUGCACUAAUAUCUUAUAAGAAUAAAAAACAGUAUGAUAUUGUCAGAAAGCUUACUGAUUCAGAGAUGAAUUUACAUUAUUUACGGGUAAAAAAACAAUUCUAUUUGGGUAAAUGACCAAUUAAAUAUUAGUACAGCUCUGAAUAACUUAAAUCACUUAGUAAAUUGUGUCUUAAUUUUUUUCUUAUUAACCCUGUACAUAUUUUUAAUAUGAAAUAUAUUACAUUAUCUACAUAAUGGUUAGGUUUCUGUUUGUAGGUCAAAAAUAAUAUAUAUAAGAUGAUUGUUGUGAUAUCUCUGUAUAU